CUAGAAUACAAUCCAGAUCGCUCACAAAAGCCAGACUUGAAUAGAAUGGGUCUUUCUCCCAGGUACCUCCCGUGGCUGCCGAUGACAUCCAGCUUCCGCAACUCGCAUCUGCCCCGCUUAACUGCAUAUUUUUGACGAACCACUAAAACUUAGCUGCCUUUUUCACAUGAGAGCUUCGACGGAUCGUUUCUGGAAGCUCACACUUUCAUAAAGCGACUUUUGGAUCUUUUUAUCUUUUUAUGUGUGCCCGGUGAUCAGUGACUGCUCAAUUCCACAUGGGUUUUGUGGAUUUUGCGAUUGACCUCGCGGCAGUGCUGAGCGCCUCCCGGUCCGUCGCAUCCAAGCAUGUCGCUCUUCGCGGCCGGCAGCUCGAUGUCUAUAGCAGGACAUCGAGUGUUGGGGCGCUGCUGAGGAAUCGGAACGCUGCUGCGGCCGCUUCAGUGAGAACGGAGGAAGCACCGGAGAAAGAAAAGGAGCCAGGGAGCGGUAGUGAGGCCACUAGCAACGAGUUUGUAAAUGCUGAGGCUGCUGCCGAGAAGAGCUCACAGCCUGCGUCAUCUACAACGGCUCCUGAAGGGUCAAAGCCUGCGGACUUCAAGCCCCGAGAGCAAUCGAUUUUCAAGACUUCAAUACCAGAUGGUGAUUUUGUCCGGCAAAGGCUGCAGCAGGCAUCUACCCAACCACCAACUAAAGAGGAGCUCGAUGAGAAAUUAGGCGCACCUGAAGGCGUUGAUGUCAACAUCUUCCAUACUACACGAGGCUCUCAGAUCUUGGAUUCAUUACGCAAACAGAGAGGGCCAGGAGAGCGUCAGACAAAGGCUUCUUCUGGCGGCGCUGCGAAGGAGCAUCCACUGCGGCACUGGCCGCCACCACCACCACCACCACCUCCUCCUCCUCCUCCUCCUCCUCCCGUUGAGUCUGUUGAUGCCACAACACCUACGCCUACAACUGCUCCUGAAACCAAACACAGCUACGCAGACGAUAUCAACCGAGAAUCUCAGCAGUCAAAUAUACGGCAAUCUGAUUCUUUGGGUUCCUCACCACCUGAACCUCGGCCCGUGGCGGAGACUGUUGCUGCUGAAAAGGAGCGUUUGGACGCAAGCAAGGUAGAUCAGGAGGAAUUGGUUGAAACUGUGAAAGCAUCAGUCAUUCCUGAAACACCACAAGCAAGCGCGCACACUUAUCAGCUGCGAGAGUCAAAAGUGCCGGCGACCCGCUUUAGUCGAAUACUAAACUAUGGCGGCCUGGCAGCUGGAAUGCUGGGUGGUGCUGUAACAGAGAGUAUGAGCAGAGCCUUUGGAGGUGGUGGUGAAGGAUCUGUGCUGCUCAGUGGCGGGAACAUGGAGAGAUUGGUUGCAAAGCUAUCUCGCAUGAGGGGUGCUGCGUUGAAGCUAGGCCAAAUGAUGAGCUUCCAGGAUUCGAAAAUGCUACCAGCCCCUCUCCAGGAAGUGCUGCAACGGGUUCAGGACCGGGCUGAUUACAUGCCGGCAUGGCAGCGGGACCGGGUUCUGGCCAAUAAUCUCGGGCCUGAGUGGCGAGAGCUAUUUAGUGAAUUCGAGGAAAAGCCAAUUGCCGCUGCUUCAAUCGGCCAGGUACACAAAGCCGUUCUCAAGUCGAACGGGAGACGAGUAGCGGUGAAGAUUCAGUUCCCUGGCGUGGCAGAUUCCAUCAACUCGGAUCUGGAUAACCUUGGCAUCUUGCUCACGGCCACGAAACUCCUCCCCAAGGGCCUCUAUUUAAACAAGACAAUUGACAACGCCAGGCUAGAGCUGGGCUGGGAAUGCGACUAUUUGCGCGAGGCGGAAUGCGCCACACGCUACAAGCAGCUCCUCCAAGGCGAACAAGACGUUUUCGAGGCCCCGGAUGUGUACCCAGAAGCUUCUGGCAAGCAAGUCUUGACCAUGGACUUUCUCGACGGUAUUGGCGUAACACGGGUUAACUCGUUUACCCAAGAGCAACGUGAUUGGAUCGGUACGCAGAUUCUACGGCUCUGCUUACGGGAAAUUACAGAGUUCAAGUUCAUGCAGACGGACCCCAACUGGACCAACUUUCUCUACAACGCCGCAAGUAACAAGCUUGAGCUCCUCGACUUUGGCGCUUCUCGGGAGUUUCCGGAUGAAUUCAUCUCGCAGUACGUGCGGCUCCUCGAGUCUGCAUCACGGUCUGACCGAGAGGGUGUGAAGAAGUUUUCGGAGGGCCUAGGCUACUUGACAGGCCACGAAAGCCGGACGAUGCUGGAUGCUCACAUCCAAUCUGUGCUUACGCUUGCGGAGCCAUUCCUGGACUCGGCCCCGGAGGUUUACGACUUCAAGGACCAGACCAUCACAGAGCGUGUGAAGGCGCUUAUCCCGGUUAUGCUUCACGAGCGGUUAGCUCCACCCCCUGAAGAGACGUAUAGUCUGCACCGGAAACUGAGUGGCGCAUUCCUGUUGUGCGCAAGACUGGAGAGCAAGGUGAGAUGCCGCGAAUUGUUUGCGAACAGUGUGGCUAGGUCUGGCUAUGUUGAGUAGAGUUGAGAGGAGCAAAUCACUCGGCAUUGUAUUAAUAGUAUAUAUAUAUAUAUAUAUAUAUCACGAUGUAACACUAAAAUCUGUUAUUUCUCCUUUUUUUUUUUUUUCCCU